AUGGCGCAGUGCGCAGCGGACACCGCGAAUAGCGCCCUUGCAUCCGACGCAAAGGUUGAGCGAGAGGAGGAGGAUGGCCUCGUUUUCAAUCCUCCCUUGUACUCUCAACGAGCGCAACUGGUCCAUCGAGUUCUGCAGCGUUACUCGUGUCGCCGCAUCAUCGAUGCCGGCUGCUCCCGCGGUGACCUGCUGCAGUUUCUGAUGCACGCUUCUUCACUUAGUCACGUGCAGCUGACGGCGGUAACCGCGAUCGACAUCGACGGCGAGGCGCUGCGGGAGGUGUCGAAAGUGCUGCCCUUUUCUUCCUUCACCGUCGCCUCCUACACGGCGGAUUGCACGGUGCAAUGCAUACAAGGGGAUCUGACGUCGUGUGUCACCGUACCAGCGGAGUGGCUGCCUUAUCCGCUCUCUUUGUCUUCCUCGUUCUCCUGUUCCUCUGCCCCUGGCGCGCCGGCGACGGAUAGCGCCGCGGUGCAUGACGCCACGGUGGACGCGGUGUGCAGCAUCGAGGUGAUUGAGCACAUUCCGCCGCAUGCGGUCGCCGCUUACACGUACACCCUUUUUGCAGAGCUGGGUGCGGCGCGCGGCGCACGGGUCGUGCUGCUGACGACGCCGAACCGUGACGAAAACACGCGUCUUCCACGGCAUCCGCUGCAACAGCGGAGGGGUUCGGCACAAGACUGCGAGCGGAGUUUCACUGAGGCGACGAACAGCAUUUAUCGGCCGUGGGAGAGCGCCCCACGACGUCGGCACGACGAACACUUCUUCGAGCUCACCCGAACUCAAUGGAAGCGCUACGUGGCAUACGUGGAGGAGUGCUACGGCAGCUACUGGAAGACACAAGAAGACGUGCUGUUGGGGGAGGGCUUUACCCAAGGGACGCUGUUUGUAGCACGAGCCAGCGAGCACCCACGCAAGGCUGCAUGCAUUAGUACGGUUUUUCCUUUUCUUUCGCAAGCCGGCCCAGUGCAACUUGCAAAGCAGCGAUGCUCUCACGUGGAUCGUGCAUCUCACGGCGUCAGGUGCACGGCUCGCACUCCACAGGAAGAGUCGUUGUCGGCGCACACGUCCCACAGAGGUGUGCGGGUGUCUCGUGAUGCAGCCAUCGCAGCGUUCCCGUUUGAGAGCAUUUUUGGUAUGCCGUUUGCCGACUACGCCUCCCACUUCCUGCGCCCCAACACACCGCGUCCUUCGCUGCCUCAGCAAGCGUUGACGUUUGAUGCCGCGACCGGCACACCCAUUGGCCUCGCGAGCUGUGGGUGCGACUUGCCCUACACGCGUGUAGCGCAUCGGGUCAUUGAGGGUGUUGCCCUGUGGGAUCGACUUCGUGGUGUGGUGCGCCGCUGCUAUGCUGGCCUCUCCUCUGCCUCCUCCUCACCCUCUCAUGCAGCGGGGCAGCGCAAGCGGGCGAUUUCUUUUACAGAGUUCUAUACCGCGCACGUCGUCCCGCUUCUGUACGUGUUACUGGAGGAGUGCACCGUGCCGCUGCUGUGGCGCAGCCUCGCGGAGCAGCGGGGAUUGUGGGUGCGGGCCACACAGGACGACACUGCGCACUGGCGACGGUAUGUGCGCCAGACGCGUAAAGAAGAAUAUUUGCUACGCGCUUGCCGUCUGCGCGUCGAUGCCGCGCACGUCCCACCGCGCAGUCGUGCAUCCUCUACGAGCACGGCCACCUCCCUCUUCCUUUCCUCCUCUUGCGUCGGCGCCGCCUCGAGUGGUGCCGCGGGCAUCGUCGUGCCUCUUUUCCCUUUUCCCAGUGAGGCGUACUCCGUUCUCUCUCGUGCGCUGCGGCACGACUCCUCAUGGUGCAACGGCGGCGGUGCUGGUGGUGGUGGUGAUGCUCGUCCGAUGAAGUGCUGCGUACAGGGCCUACAACUAUUAGAAAAGGGCACGACAGACAGUGUCGGCUUGCUGCUGGCAGAAUGGCUUUGUGCGGAGGUCACCCGCUGCCUGUCGAACACCACGGAGCAAAGGCGUGGAGGUGCACCGUGCCGCCUCCUGUCCUCCGCGCCUCCGGCGGCAGCCGCUACGGAGAUGCCGACGCGCACCCUGAAGUGUCUACCGACACGGCUGUUGCAGCUUCUUUUUUUUCUGGUGAGUGUGGAUGUGAUACCGGAUGCGUAUGCAGCCCUGUGUUCUUGGUGGCGCAGCCGAGAGCAGCACCUGGCCGCACUGCAUCGCGAUGUGUGCGCCGCAUGCGAUGCCACAACUUACUCUCCGCGGGGUGACGAUGCACCCCGCGGACAACCGCGACCGCGCCGCAGACGGCGGCUGGCCGCGUCUUCUGGAGAGGCGCCCUCUCCACCGUGGCUCGUGUCUCUCAUGGACUGUUCGAUUUCGUUUCCUUAG